ACCAUGCCAUCUUUGGGGCUGCAGAUUUUGGGCGUCGGUCUGGCUGUUCUGGGAUGGAUCGGUAAUAUCCUCAUCUGCAUGCUGCCUAUGUGGAAGGUGUCUGCUUUCAUUGGGAACAAUAUUGUUGUUGCUCAAACUAUUUGGGAGGGUUUAUGGAUGACUUGUGUAGUUCAGAGCACGGGUCAAAUGCAGUGCAAAGUUUACGAUUCUCUCCUGGCGCUACCUCCAGAUCUCCAAGCCGCAAGAGCCAUGGUCGUCAUCGCCAUCCUUUUCUCAUUGUUUGGUAUAUUGCUGUCAGUGGUUGGAGGCAAGUGCACCACAUGUAUUGGAGACAAAGGGGCAAAAGCACGAGUGGCUAUUUCAGCUGGGGUUUUCUUCUUUUUGAGUGGAGCAUUGUGCCUGGUGACUGUGUCUUUGCCGGCUAAUACCAUCAUAAAGGACUUCUAUAACCCCUUGGUGCCAGACGCUCAGAGGAGAGAGCUGGGGGCAUGUCUGUACGUGGGAUGGGGCGCAUCAGGCCUGCUGCUGAUCGGAGGGGCACUGCUCGGCUGCCAGUGCCCCACCAGAGAGGACAGAUACAAUGGACCUAAGUACUCCCCCAAAUCAACCUCACCUGCAAAAGAGUUUGUGUGA